UGCCUGACUGGCGCGGUCGCGGUGCGCAGCGCGCCCGGGCCCACGGCACAGGAGCGCGGGUUGCGGAGCGCGCGCGGGCCUUUUCGCAAGGCCCGUGCGCUGCUCCCGCCCGAGGCUGGCGCGCGCGUCGCCAGCCAUGGCAGCCGUUGCUUCGGCGGCGGGAAGGUUUUGGCGGUCGACUUGGAGAUCUCCGAAAUGGAUCUGGUGGCUCUCACCCCCCUGGGCGAGGGAGGCGCCGACGGGCUGGCCCCGUUCGGAUCGGCCCGCGGGCGCGCGUGCUGGCCACGCCCCGAGGGAGUCUUCGGCCUUCGCGAUGGCUUCGUGGCCGUCGAGGGGGGCGAGGCUGCCCCUGGCGCAGAGGAGGCCGCCCCGCGCCAGUCCGUGGACAAAUUCGAGGGGGGCGGCCCCAAGGGCGACGUUGACGCCGAGGACCGCCCUCCUCUUCAGGCGCGGGCCCCGCCGCUGCUAGAGGCACCUCCCGCGCCGGCGCGCAGCAGCCUAGGGCGCCCCUUCGCGGCGGCUCGUCGGUUCGCGAGCGCCGCGCGCUUGCAGACGGCCGCCGAUUUGUUGGGCGUGCCUCUGGACGCGCCUCGGGCCGUCAUAGAGGCCGCCUUCCGUCGGGCCUCGGCAUCUUGCCGCCCCGACGAGGCGCCGGCCAGGCCUGCGCGGCGCUGGCGCAGCCCGCGGGCGCCGUCGCUGGCGCGGGUGGCCAAGGCGAAGGCCAUGGGGGAGGGGGCCUGCAGGAUGCCUCCCGUUGGGCACGCCGCGGCGCCGUCUGCCCUCGACGGGGCGGCGCCCGCCCGCGCGCUGGCCGCCGAGGCGGAGCUGCGCCUGCACCAGGCCCUGCCCGAUGCCCAGGCCGCCGCAAACGGCCAGGGACCAGCGAACUCCGCGCUGGCGUCGGCUAGCCCCGCGGAGCUUGCGCAGGCCGCCGCGCGCGGGCGCGUCGAGCUGAGCGCCGCGAUCCGCGCGGCGCGGGCCCCUGUCGCAGGCAGCUUGACCCCCUUCCCGCUGCGCGGGGACGACGCGCGCGCCGCCUCGCGCGCGGCCCGCGCCGCGAGCGUCGCCGACCGCGCAUGCAAUCGGCGGCUGACUGAGGCCGCUGGGCGCGAGGCCCGCGGGCUGAAGCGCGCCGCGCCCGUCCAGCUCGGGCGUGAACGCCGCGAGCUCUUGCGCGCGGUGGUCCACAACGCGGAGGUCGUGAACCGCGCUGGUUUGCGCGGCCGCGCGGAGCGCGCGGGGCUCGGCGCCCCCGCGUCGGCCUCGGGCCGAACGCCGGCCGCCGUCGAGGCCGAGGGCCCCCGCGAGCGGGCGAAGCUGGGCCCCGACGACCCUGCGGCCAGUUUUGCGCGGCGGGACCAGCGGCGGGCACGGGCGCGCCAGGGCCGCGGGAGGGCGCGCUCGAGACGCCCGCGCCCUUUCAUCGCCCUCGCGGACGUUCUCGCGGGGCCCGCGCCCGCGCUGAUUCGCCAACCUCCGCGCCCGCCCGCGCCCUUCACCACCCUCGCGGACGUUCGCGCGGAGCCCGCGCCAGCGCCGCUUCGUCGCCCACCGCAGGCGCCCGCGCCUUUCAUCGCCCUCGCCGACGUGCGCUCGGUGCCCGCCGCCCCACCGGCGAGCGCGCUCGCCCGGGCGUUGCCGCGCGGGGGGGCCCGCGACGCGCAGGCCAUCCCCAAGGGGGCCGCCGUCGCCGCUCUGACUUUCGCUUCGAGCAACGAUGUCUUCAAGUCCCCCAUCGCGGCCCUCGCGCGCGGGAGCCAGCUCGUCGCGCCAGGUGGGCGCCGCUCCCGCGGGCGCUUCCGCCGCGCUCCAGUCGCGCAGUUCUCCGUUGCACGCCCCGGCCAUGGCGCUCGCGCGAAGGAGGCCGCCGCCGCCGCUCUGACUUCCGCUUCGAGCAACGACGUCUUCAAGUCCCCCGUCGCGGCCCUCGCGCGCGGGAACCAGCUCGCCGCGCCAGGUGGGCGCCGCUCCCGCUGGCGCCUCCGCCGCGCGGAGGCUGCUCUUGAUUGCCCCGUGGCUGGCGACACCGGCCCCAGAGGCCCGGAGGCCGCCGUUCCCGAAGCGAUGUCGCAG